CAUCGUCGAUCUCCCGCCUCCUUUUAGCGAAACGAAUGGCAGACCAAAAGCAAUCAACGGCGACGGAACCCGCAACGAACGGCCACAAUGGCCAUAGUGACGGUGAUGGUGAUGGUGAGGUAGAACAGGUCCCGGAAUUGCCAGCCUAUCUCUACAGCGCGCUGGAGCGUCUGGCCCCACGGGAAGGCUUCACCGAGGGCAUGUUUUCGAUCGACUUCGAUUUCGGUUCCAGCAAGGGCGAUGGCUUCGUCGGCCAGAUGUUCAAGGCAGUGAUUAGCGAAGGCGAACGGAAGGAGGUGUAUCUGUGCAAGAUUCCCCCGCUGGACGAUGCCCGCCGGGAGCAGUUUAGUGCCAUGAUUGCGUUCGCCCGGGAGGCCCUCGUAUACGAACGGUUCCUACCCUUGAUUUUCGAGUACCAAAGGCAGAAGGGGGUCGAGAGUCGGGAGGAUGGGUUCUUCCAUGCCCCCCGCUGCUACUACGCUCACUGCGACGAGGUUGCCCAGGAAUCGGUGAUCGUGAUGGAAGAUCUACGCCUACGGGAGUUCCGCCUGUGGGACAAACGGCAACCGGUCGAUUAUGAGCACGCGCGACUCUUCAUAACGCACCUCGGUCGACUGCAUGCGAUCUCGCUGGCGAUGAAGCGUGACCGGCCAGAAGAAUUCGAACAGUUUAAACUUCCGAACCCGUUUGAUCCGAUGCUGAAAGAGGAUGGUCCCUUCCGGAACAUGAUGCUAUCGCAGUUGCAAAUGGUCAUUGAUGCGUUGGACGCCGAGGACAUCGAGGCAAGGGCGAAGAUGGAACAGCUAAAGGUGAAUGUUUUCCGUGAGCUUCUACGGUGUGGUGAUGCUUCCCUAGCCGAGCCGUACGCGGUUGCUGGACAUGGAGAUUGCUGGACAAACAACAUGAUGUUCCGGUAUCAGAAUGAAUCGCCCGAAGAGGUUAUUUUCUUCGACUGGCAGCUACUCCGGUACGUCACGCCCGUUCAAGACUUGGUAUACUUCUUGUUUUCCUGCACCGAUGGGGACUUUCGUCGGAAGCAUUACGAAGAAAUGAUUGACCUCUACCAUAGCUCGCUUUCGACAAUGCUGGCAAAACUUAAGCACGAUGUGAACGAGUUGUUCCCACGCGCUGCCCUAGACAAACAGUUGAUCGAGUUUGGACACUACGGCAUCCUGAUGGGAAUGUUCCUGGUACCAAUGAUGUGUACACGCGCGGAGGAGCUACCCGACAUCGAAGCCAUGGCUAAACGAAUGAAAGAAACGAGCCAGCUAAACGAGAGCUUCUUUAAAGCCACCGAAUCGAAUAAGGAUGCUUACUCCAAGCGGAUGAGUGAUGUGGUGAAAGAUUGCAUACGCUACGGAUACUUUGAGGUGGCUCGCAAGGAAGGAUUCACCGAUGGACUCUACCGAUUUGAAACCGAGUCUGGUUCGAACAUGGGCGAUGGAUUCGUGGGAGAACUGCUGAAGGUGUUUAUUCGGGAGGCGGACCGUGAACUGGUGGUGCUGUGUAAGCUAUUGCCACAGAACGAAAUGCGCAAACAGCAAGGCAUCGCCCUGUUCGAACGGGAAGGGGAAGCGUACGAGAUAAUCCUUCCAUUGCUGACGAAAUUUCAAAGUGAAAAAGCUCUCGGAGAAAAUGUGCCCCAAUUCGACAACAUCCCCCGAUGCUUCUAUGCUAAAACGUACGUCGACCAAAUGGAAUCGGUGAUCAUUAUGGAAGACCUACGGCUGCAAGCGUUCCGGAUGUGGGACAAGGCAAAUCCGGUCAAUUUUGAGCAUGCCAGCCUGUUGAUGACCACCCUUGGGCGCUUGCACGCCCUAUCGUUCGCGAUGAAAGACCAGCAACCGGAAGAGUUCGCACAGUGCCGUGAGUUUACCGAUCCGAUGUGGAAAAUGUUUGAGCUUGAUCCUACCAACUCGUUCGACCGGAUGAUGUCUAUGAUGUGUCAGAGGGCAAUCGAUACGCUGGAGCCGCACGACACUUUCCGCCGGGAGAAGCUCGAAAAGUUCCACGAUUGUUGCCAGGAAGAAAUGAAAGCGUGUGUCGAUGCCAACGCAGCAGAACCUUACGCCAUUAUUGGUCACGGUGAUUGCUGGUCGAAUAAUAUGAUGUUUCAGUACGGUGAAGAUGACGUAACCCCCACCAACAUUAAACUUAUCGACUGGCAGCUAUCGCGAUACGGUUCGCCGGUCCUUGAUCUGGUCUACUUUAUCUUCAACUGUACCGAUGAAGAGCUACGUUCCCAUAGCUACCAUCGACUGCUCAGCAUCUACUACAAUAGCCUAAGCAAGCAUCUACACAAUCUCGGUGGAAACGUUGAGAAACAAUUUCCCCGCAGUGCAUUCCGUGACCACCUCAAACGAUUCGGUCGGUACGGUUUCCUUAUGUCGCUCAUGGUGAUGCCAAUCAUUUGUACACCGACCGACGAAUUGCCGGACACCGACGAGACUAUGGAGAAACUGAUGAAGGAUAUGACGAGCGGAAAUGAAAGCGAAAUGGUGUAUGGUACAACGGAAAAGGCAGCUGCCCGCUAUCGGAAGCGCAUGUCUGGCGCAAUCCGGGAUGUGAUAAGUUGCCCAAAAAUGUCCGCGACUGAUAGCGUCCCCAGCUACGUACAACAACAGCUGCUGAGUGUGGCGGAAGGUGAAGGUUUCAACCGUGAACAACUAAAGAUCAACUAUGAACCAGGUUCCAAAUCAGGCGACGGCUACAUUGGGCAGAUUGUGCGUGCUCGGUUCAUGAGCGCAAAUGAUCCGACGAACCCCCUGCUGUCGGUCAUUUGCAAAUUUCCACCAGAGGAUCGAAAACAGCGAGAACGGUUCCAUGCGAUGUUACUCUUCGAACGAGAACUGUUCAUUUACCAGCGGGUAUUGCCGGCAUUUGAGGAGCUGCAGGAGAAACAGGGAGUCACCCGGGCAGAAGGGUCGUACUUUGGGAACUAUCCCAAGUGCUACAAGACGUACUUCGACCGGGAGCGCGGGGAAGCUGUUUUAAUACUGGAAGACUUGACCGACCCCAAGCGUCCCGGAUUGAAAUUGCUGGAUCAGUAUAAAUCGGUAAAUUACGAGCAUGUCCAUGUGCUAAUGCAGGCACUGGGAAAACUUAAUGCUUGCUCAUUCGCACUAAAAGUUCAUCGUCCAGAAGUAUUUGAAGAGCUACGUCAGCUGAACGAUGUCCUCUCGAUCGUUCUGGAUACGGAACAAACUCGUCCUUUGACACCACGUAACUGCCGGCUGGCGGCUUCUGCAUUCGAUCCACAGAAAGAACCUGCGCAAUAUCAUCGCCUGCUAGAACUGUGCAACGACAUGUGGCCAAGAACCGGAGCGCGCAUACGUGGCGAUCUCGCAGAGCCGUAUACUGCCCUUAAUCACGGUGACUGCUGGACAAACAACGUCAUGUUCGGCUACGAUACGGAAGGAAACGUCAACGAGGUUUCUCUGUUCGACUGGCAAAUGGCACGCUACAGUUCGCCGGUGUUGGAUUACGUACUUUUCAUCUACCUGUGUGGGGAGCUCGAAUUGCGACGAGAGAAGUUUGAUUCCCUCAUUGACACAUUUUACGGAACGUUUUCAGACUGUCUGCGUCGCUUGGGAGGCGAUCCCGACAAAGCCCUUCCGCGAUCGGAGUUAGAAAUACAAAUGCGACGCUUCGGAAGCUUGGCGCUAUCGAUGGGCACUUAUGCCUUACCGAAUUUCGCCAAAUUACCGGCGGAAAUUUGUGAGAACCCGCAAAACUUUCCGAAGGACGCAAGAUUGCAAAGAUAUCGUGAGUGUAUGCGGGAGCUCGUAAAAGAUACGGAUAAAUUUGAAAAGUUUUGACAGUAUUGUAAAAGAAAAUCCAGGUGGAAAUAAAUAAAGCAAAUA